AUGAAAAACCCUACACAUCUGGAGCAUGACAGUGGUGAGAAACUCAAUGGCAAGCAGAAUGAUGCGUCCAGCAUGGAAAGACAAAGACGAGUAUCACUGCAAGAGGACGCAAACUGCAAGAACUCCAAGCAUAUAAAAUCGGAGGGAAAGAGCAGUGACGCCUUCGAUGUCGAACAGAUUGAAAUUUCUUCUGAGGAAAGUCCGGUACCAAACAAUCAGAACGUAAACUCUAAGGACUCAAAGCUUAUAAAACUGGAGCGAAACAACACCGAUGACGGUGAUAGAAAGCAAGUUGGAAUUUCUUUGGACGAAAAUCCGGUACCAAAACAUGAGAUCGCAAACUCCAAGCGCAUAAAACUCGAGAGAAAGAGCGGUGAUGCCGGCGGUGGCAAGCCAGUUAAAAUUUCUUCUGAGGAAAGUCUGGUACCGAAUCAUGAGAUCGCAAACUCCAAGCGUAUAAAACUGGAACGAAAGAGCAGUAAUGCCGGCGAUGGCAAGCAAGUUCACAUUUCUUCUGAGGAAAGUCUGGUACCAAAUCAUGAGAUGGCGCAUUCCAAGAACUCCAAGCGUAUAAAACUGGAGAGAAAGGCCAGCAAUGCCGGCGAUAGGAAGCAAGCCGAAAUUUCUUUCGACAAAAGUCAGGUACCAGAGCAUGUGAUCGUAAAUAUUCGGUUCAUGUUUAGAAUGGCUUCAGCUUAUCAUCUAUCACAAAUAAUUGUAGACAAAUUCCAAGAACUCCAAGCGUAUAAAACAGGAGCGAAAGAGGAGUCAUGCCGGCGAUAGAA